AAUAAAUGCUUACAGAUGUAUGAAUCCGAUAUGAAUUUGAGUUGCUAUUUGGACGUAUAUACAUGUGCAAGAGUUAGCAUUAUCCCGGCCGGCCGGGCAUCUGCAUGUGCAUCGUUAAAAGAUCCCAUUCUUGCCGUCGAUUGAAUCUGACUGAACACUCCGAAGAUCGGAAUCGAGGACACAUACCGGAUAAGUACUGUCAGCAGCGACUUUUAUAUCAGUGCCUGCUUACAUACGUACAGCACAUGAACGCCUGUAUCCGUCGUAUAGUUCCUGUUUAUUGGAUCUUGCAAAGGCCGACCGGGGCCGAAAUUAGUGACGACCAUUUCCCGACUCCCUAAUUCAAACAUUCUACUUAACGGUUUCUGUUUCCCUUUCAUUAGCAGGAAGAUUGGGCCGGCUGGAAGCAGUUAAUAUGAGUAUUAAGCUGCUGUUUAGCAGGAUCCGGAGCGACAACGUGAACCGGAGCGCAAGUACAGCGCAUUAUAUAGAGCGGCAGGCAUAUCUCUAUAUAGUGUUGGUUGGCACUGCUCAGCCAAAUGAUCCUUUUGCAAUGUAAAUGAUGGGUUGGAUUGUGGAUGCAAUGGACGAAUAAAUACCGGGUGGACCAAAACCAUAUUAUACUCUCCAGAUCCAUAACGUGCCUGGACAAUGAAAGUAUAGCCUGGAAUUAUAUGAGCGCACUUUCACAUCAUCAACACUCUAAUCACAAAGCGUGAUUUUGUGGUUUCGUAUCGUUUAAAAUCGUUUACAAUUGGAACUAAAUCCCAGCCGAAACAAUUAUUAAACCGUAAUCCAAUAAGUUAUAUAUACUGGUCGCUAUCUAUUGUGACUCACGGUAUUUGUUAAUUCAUUUAUUUCUGAUAUCCGGUCAUGAUUGAGAGCGUGAUGUGGUGGUUUCUUUAAUUGUGAGGAUGCUGUGCCCUUUAUUGCCGACGACCCACAUAUCUGUACUGCGGUAACUGUAGUUCCAUCAGCAAAGCGAUGGAGAAUACGCCAUGCAGCAAUCGACUAAAUCUCCAUUGGAUAUCGUUGACUAUAUUAUAUUGUUAUGCGUUCGUUCAAUCGGCUAUCGUUUUCUGCGAUUGCAAGGAGCUCUUUGAUACCACUCCAGCUGUCUUUUUUAAAUGUCCGGUCAACUGCCCAACGUGCCCCAAGCACGUGCAAUGUCCCAGCGGCGUUAAAAUACUGCGAGAUCCCUGUGGAUGUUGUUUGAAUUGUGUGUCACCAGCCGGAGAAGAUUGUGAUUUAUUCCAUAUUUGUGAUGCUGGGCUGGUUUGUAGAAAUGGAACUUGUCGUGAUAUCCAUCCAUCCGGAUGCCGGGUUGGUUCCAAAUAUUACCAGGAUGGGGAUAAAUGGAAGCCCAAUUGUCAAACAAUAUGCGAAUGUCAGAACGGGAUAUAUGGAUGCAGUGAUGUGUGUCAGCAGGAUCAAAAUGCAUCUGAGUGUAAAUACGGUCGUCAAUUUGUUAUGGAAAGUGCGUGCUGCAGCCGGUGGGUGUGCGCUGACUCGCCGACUCCUUGUGCAAACAUCACAACGGACUGGACAGAGUGCUCCUGUUUAAAUCCAGUGUCUUACCAAUGGAGUAAUACAAAUCCCAGAUGUCAGUGGGUGGUCCAGCAAAAAUUGUGUCCUAACUUGCGAUGUAAAGAAGCGCAGGAUGGGGUACAGGGUGUAUAUCCAUUUCCAGAUCACACAGAGCGGAAUGUAUUGGCAGAGGCAAAAAGGUACUGCGGCUCGUCUUUGUAUCAACGGUACGAGUAUAUCGGUCAAGAUAACUGCAAAAGCGUCGAUCUGCAUCUUCAGAAAACAUGCGCGUCGGAAUGUCAUAUUGCCAACGGUACUAAACUCUGUUGUUUGCCUAAUGAAUUUUCUUCCUUGCAAGUACAGCUCAAAUGUCCCAAUCAAAAAACGGUGUCACGCACUAUUCCUGUGUUAGCCGGAUGCCAAUGCGAUGUGUGUUAACUGGGUUGAUUCUUCAGCUCUUAGUGAAAUUAUGUCUUUGUAUUAAGAUGCCCGCAAUCUCGGAAGAUCACGA